AAGGACUGUGCUGUGAUAAACUGUGUUUAGGUCCAGAGAGCCCGAGGAAGAUGAAGUUUGCCUGCCUCUCCUUCCGGCAGCCUUAUGCUGGUUUUGUCUUAAAUGGAAUCAAGACCCUGGAGACAAGAUGGUGUCCUGUGCUGAGCAGCCAUCAGAAACGCACCAUCGCCAUCCACAUUGCUCACAAGGACUGGGAAGAUGAUUCUUGGCGGGAACUGCUGGUGGAGAGACUGGGGAUGAACCUGAUGCAGAUUCAGGCUUUACUACAGGAAGGAGAACGAUACGGCAGAGGAGUGAUAGCUGGGCUUGUAGACAUCGGAGCAACGUUGCUGUGUCCAGAAACCUUAACUGCUGAUGAGAUGGUGGAACUGGAAACUCAAGCUGUCCUCAGCAACCUGCAACAGAAGUACCUGACUCCAAUUUCAAACCCCAGGUGGUUACUGGAGCCCAUCCCUAGGAAAGGGGGGAAGGAUGUGUUCCAGGUAGACAUCCCAGACCACCUGAUCCCUUUGGGGAUGGAGGCUUGACCACCAUGGAGUCUGGACUGUUAUCGUGCUGAGAAAGCAACAAAUGAUGUGGCCAUCAGACUACCCUAGCUGUGCAGACCUCUACCAUAUGAGGGUAACACUGAGCUGCCACCUCCCUGCAGAGCACCGCCCACUAUGUGCUGCUCCCAGACCCAGACAUGUGUGUGCUCAUGCAGGGGAUGGCAGUCAGGACUUCCCUCCUGCUGUGCCCCUUUGUCUUCACUGGCAGGCAAAUACCUUGGCCUGUAAGAAAAGGGAAAACUGCCAGGAAAUGAGUUUCUGUUGAGGUUUACUUUGGUCCUGUCAUGUCUGCAUUAUACAAAUAAAUGUGUUGAUGAUCAGUG